AUGAAAAAUGAGACACACACUGAAUCUGAUUCAGAAAAGAAAGCUGGGGAUUACACCAUCCAACCCAAAACGGACCUUGAGGCCUCAAGACUUGAGACCCCUGCCUCAGUGCAGGAAGUCAUGUCUAAGAUUGAGCAAGCACAGCUCCUCCGAGCCAGAGAGGACAUUAAUAUUCAGCUGAGUGACAUAAAGAAAAGUGUGCAGGGGGUAAUUCAUCGCUACACUUUUGAUGAGUUUGUGGAGACUGGAAAGACAAUGUCUCUUUCAGAAUAUAAGAAACAGAGAACAAAGUUGCUGGAGAAAGUAUCUUUUUGUGCUAAUUCUGCUGACAUUAAAGAAAAGAUUCUUAUCCACAUCCUGGCCUGGCUGAAAGAAUGGAAUGCCAUUUUGUCUGAUAUGACUGAAGUUGAUAUUGAUGAACACCACCACUGCAUAGCACAAAUGGAGGUUUUACCAAAAACGUUCAAAGCUAUCGAGGGCAAUGUCAACAGGUUGCAUGUAAUUAGUACCUCUUUGCUUGAAGACAAGAAGAAACAAGAGGAAAAAAAAGCAUCUAGAAAAGCUCUAUGGAAAUCUUGGAAAGAAAGAGUUAUAAAGCGACCUGCAACAGUCCAUGCUUUAACACCAAAUCAGAUGAUUGGUGAUGAAUUUGCAACAAAUACAAAGGUUUCAGAAAUUCAAGCCAUGCUACGGGAACUCAUAGAUACUACAAUGUUCAAUAAAUUGGAAAAUAAUGCUAUUACCUAUAUAGCAUCGACAAUAGAAAACCUUUCUAAAGCAUUGAGUUCACUAAAUAAUGAAGCAAAAAUUAUUAACCUCCAUCCUGGGAUAUGUAUAAGUGAGGAAAGUGAAAAAGAGCUCUCCCUGCAGAUAAUACAAGAGCUCAGUGAAGAAAAUGAAAGGCUUCAGCGGAAACUUCAAGAAGCAGAAGAAAAAUGUGAGCAGUUUAUUAAAUUCAAAGCAUCGCCCACAUCAACCUUGAAGGUGUUAUAUGAGUUUUCUCCAAAAUCAUCCAUGGGCUUUAGCAUGACUGAUGAAGCAGUGAGUAUGGACAAUAUUUUGAUGAAAGAAUUUGAAAAUAGAAUGGAUGGGGCCCAAAGAAAGGAGACCCAAGGCUCAGUGUUAAAAUGGGACUCAGCAAGUUCACAUACAGCCGAAGUUGAAAUGACUCCAGAUUUAAUUGAACAGCAAUUCCCUUUACUUGAAAAACCCCCAAAAAUACCUUCCAAAGAUAUCACUGAAGAUAAGAUAUCACUGAAGAAAGGUGACAUCUAUCAGAAAGGUUGGACUGAUGAGUAUCAAUCACAGAAAAGGAAGAUCACAAAAGCCCCAUAUGAGUUUGAGACCUCUAGAUCAAAUCUGAGUAAUCAGACAAGUAAACAAAUAGUCUCGAAGACCAAAGUGGACUAUGACUUAGAUCUACAAGCACAGCGAAAGACGAGUCAAGAAAUACAACCCCUUUCUAUAGCACAGCGAAAGACGAGUCAAGAAAUACAGCCCCUUUCUAUAGCCAAAUCAAAGUCAUUCAUUGAAUCAAAAAGUCAACAUGUUCUUUCUAAUUUCCCUUCUACUGACACAAAGAGCCAAGGUGGCAAAAGUGGAACAAGUAGUAAGUGGGAACGACUCAGGAAGUACAAAAUUGCAUAUAUACUUGAGAAAUGCCAAAUUAUUUCAGACCACAAAAAGAAAUCCACCACUGAGUUAAUGGCCAAAGAGAGUAAAAGUGUUAUGAGUUUCCAAGCAGUGCCAUUUGGGUCAAUCCAACCUGAUAAAUCCUCUGAGAAAGUAAAAAUAAAAGGAAAGGAACAUCAAAUCUCUUCAGAAAUUACCACAAGCAAAGAAGGAAAAACUGAAGAGGAGGACACGUCAGUCUUUACCAAGAAGGGCAAGUCUCAAGAACUUGUUGAAUCACAAUCUAAGACAACUAAAGAGACUUCAGAAUCUACUACAGUUCUAGGAAGUCCAGAGGGCAAAAGUGAACAGGCUAAUCUAGAUGAAUUUCACAACGCCAUAAUGUCUUUCUUAAAAGAGAAAAUUGAUAACACAGAAAAUCCUUUGGAUAAAAAGACUAUGCUGGAAGAAGAGUUAUUAUUAAAAAAAGCAGAAGUUGAAAAAUUAGGAAUCAUAAAGGCAAAAAUGGAAGAAUAUUUCCAAAAUGUGGCUAGAGCUGUGGCAAAAAUCUUGAGAAAAUACAAAGACAUUAAAAAAGCAGGACAAAUUAGAGAGAAACAAAUGAAACAAACAAGAGUCUCAUUUAUGCCAGGACUACAUUUACAGGAGCCAGUUAGUCCAACGUCUGAAAUUAGCUCCUUACUCUCAUCUGAGAGCAUGGACCCAGUAGUACAAAAUUUAACACAAGAGAUCUUGACUGAAAUAGAUGCUCCAGUCGUCUCACUAGCAGACCAUGAGGAGGAGGAAAAACAGAGGCAGGAGGAAUAUUUGCUAGAGGUUCAAGGAGAAAGUUUUAACAUGAAUCUUAAACACCAGUUGCAAGAAAAAAGGAAUCUCUGGAAGAUGAGCUAUCAGAGGAUACAUAAGGAUUUGCAAAAGCUCCAGAUGAAGGAGGGAGAGCAAGAGGAACAGAAGCAGGAUCAGUGGCAGGAAGAAGUGUGGGAGCAACAUCAAAAACAGAGGAUGCAAACGCAGACUGAGCAAGAUGAGAAGCAAAAGGGAAUGGAAGAGGAAGAAGAGCAGAAGCAAAAGCAGCAGCACUUGGAAGCAUGGAGGCAAAAAAUGAAAGAGCAAGGAGUGUCCUUGGAGAAGGAAAAGGGACAGCAGAUGGAGCAGCUUCAGAAGGAAGUGAAACAUAUGGAACUGGAAAGUAGCUGGAAGGAAGAGGAAGAGAAGCAGAAGCCAAAGAGAAAGGGAAGGGACGAUGAAAGUCAGUGGCAGAAGAAAGCAAAGGAGCAGUUGAAGAUUAAGGAGGAAAUACCUGAAGAACUAGAAACUGUGUUAAGUUACAGUUCAAUAAGAUUGACUCCCAGGUGGAAGAACACAUGGAAACGUGCAUUACUCUUACGCACAAAAAAAGAGUUCCAUGUGAAUCUUGCUGAUGAAAAGCACUCCGAACUAGUCAUUCCUCCCACCUCGACACAGCUUUCCUCACCUGGGCCCUUUUCUAUUCCAGGACAGUUUCCUACAAAGUCCAUUACUGUCAUUCAUGAGGAGGACCAGGACCAGGGCAUCACUCUCUCUCCUGAGCAGGCGCAGGCACUGGGCAUCACACUCACCCCUCAGCAGGCCCAGGAGCAGGGAAUCACUCUCACCCCUAGUCAAGCCCUGGCACAGGGAAUCACUCUCACCCCUAGUCAAGCCCUGGCACAGGGAAUCACUCUCACCCCUAGUCAAGCCCUGGCACAGGGAAUCACUCUCACCCCUAGUCAAGCCCUGGCACAGGGAAUCACACUCACCCCUAGUCAAGCCCUGGCACAGGGAAUCACUCUCACCCCUAGUCAAGCCCUGGCACAGGGAAUCACUCUCACCCCUAGUCAAGCCCUGGCACAGGGAAUCACUCUCACCCCUAGUCAAGCCCUGGCACCGGACAUCACUCUCACCUCUCAGCAGGCCCUGGCACAGGACAUCACUCUCACCUCUCAGCAGGCCCUGGUACAGGGCAUCACUCUCACCCCUAGUCAAGCCCUGGCACAGGGCAUCACUCUCACCCCUCAGCAGGCCCUGGCACAGGACAUCACUCUCACCCCUCAGCAGGCCCUGGCACAGGGCAUUACUCUCACCCCUCAGCAGGUCCAGGCACAGGACAUCACACUCACCCCUCAGCAGGCCCUGGCACAGGACAUCACUCUCACCCCUCAGCAGGUCCAGGCACUGGGCAUCACUCUCACCCCUCACCAGGCCCAGGCACUGGGCAUCACUCUCACCCCUCAGCAGGUCCAGGCACAGGGCAUUACUCUCACCCCUAGACAAGCCCUGGCACAGGGAAUCACUCUCUCCCCUAGUCAAGCCCUGGCACCGGACAUCACUCUCACCCCUCAGCAGGUCCUGGAGCAGGACAUCAUUCUCACCCCUAGUCAAGCCCUGGCACAGGGCAUCACUCUCACCCCUCAGCAGGCCCUGGCACAGGGCAUCACUCUCACCCCUCAGCAGGUCCAGGCACAGGGCAUUACUCUCACCCCUAGACAAGCCCUGGCACAGGGAAUCACUCUCACCCCUAGUCAAGCCCUGGCACCGGACAUCACUCUCACCCCUCAGCAGGUCCUGGAGCAGGACAUCAUUCUCACCCCUAGUCAAGCCCUGGCACAGGGCAUCACUCUCACCCCUCAGCAGGUCCAGGCACAGGACAUCACUCUCACCCCUCAGCAGGCCCAGGCACUGGGCAUCACUCUCACCCCUCAGCAGGUCCUGGAGCAGGACAUCAUUCUCACCCCUAGUCAAGCCCUGGCACAGGGCAUCACUCUCACCCCUCAGCAGGCCCUGGCACAGGGCAUCACUCUCACCCCUCAGCAGGCCCUGGCACAGGGCAUCACUCUCACCCCUCAGCAGGUCCAGGCACAGGACAUCACUCUCACCCCUCAGCAGGCCCAGGCACUGGGCAUCACCCUCACCCCUCACCAGGCCCAGGCACUGGGCAUCACUCUCACCCCUCAGCAGGUCCAGGCACUGGGCAUCACUCUCUCCCCUAGUCAAGUCCUGGCACCGGACACCACUCUCACCCCUCAGCAGGUGCAGGCACAGGGCAUCACUCUCACCCCUGAACAGGCCCAAGCACAGGGCAUCACUCUCACCCCUCAGCAGGUCCUGGCACAGGGCAUCACUCUCACCCCUCAGCAGGUCCUGGCACAGGGCAUCACUCUCACCCCUCAGCAGGUCCAGGCACAGGGCAUCACUCUCACCCCUGAACAGGCCCAAGCACAGGGCAUCACUCUCACCCCUCAGCAGGCCCUGGAGCAGGGCAUCACUCUCACCCCUCAGCAGGCCCAGGCACUGGGCAUCACUCUCACCCCUCAGCAGGUCCAGGCACAGGGCAUUACUCUCUCCCCUCAGCAGGUCCAGGCACAGGGCAUCACUCUCUCCCCUGGUCAAGUCCUGGCACCGGACAUCACUCUCACCCCUCAGCCGGCCCUGGAGCAGGGCAUCACUCUCACCCCUCAGCAGGCCCAGGCACUGGGUAUCACUCUCACCCCUCAGCAGGUCCAGGCACAGGGCAUCACUCUUACCCAUGAGCAGUUCAAGGCACUGAUGGUUACCCUCACUCUUGAAAAAUCCCAGGGUUUGGGAUCUUUGGGGGCCCCUCUCACCUCAGAUAAAGCCCACGUCUUAGGACCUCCCCUUACCCAUGAGCAAGUUCAACCUUCGGGGAAACCAUUUCAAGAAUCAAAGACUUCUCUCCUUUCUGGGCAAUCCACUACAUCAAGAACUAGAUGGCCCCUGGUACCAUCUGCUCUUAUUGAUGAGAAGACCCCUGGAUUUAAGGUCUCUUCUACUUCUUUGCAGACAUCAGGGCUUCCUUUUACCCAAGCCCCAUUUGUCUCUGGGAAAUCUCGAGGAAAGGGGAGCUUCCCUAGGGAGCUUCCUUCCUCUAAACAGACACUGGUUUCUAAGGGUCAAUUCACCCCUGUGAAGUUCCUAGCACCAGAGGUCCCUCCCACCCCUGGGAAGCUUUCAGUAUCUGGGACCCCUCCCACUCUAGGGCAACCUCUUAUAUCUGGAAUUCCACCUGCCUCUUCACAGAUUCCCAGUCUCUGGGCUCCUCUCUUUCCUGGGAAGCCUUUGAUUCCUGGGGCCCCUUCUGUCCCUGGGGAGCUCAUGGAAUCUGGACUCUCCACCUUCUCUGAGCAGCCCCAGGCAUUUCAGCUCCCUGCCACCUGUGAGCAAUCUCCCUAUCUACAAGCCCCUUCUACCCUUGGGGAGCUUCCGGCACCACAGACCUUUCCUGGGCAAGCUUUCCCACUACGGAUCUCUCCCACCCCUGGGCAUCCUCCACCACCACGGGCCCCCUCAACCCCUGCAAAGCCCCCAAAAGAUUUGUCUCUGAAAUCUAAAUCAGCAUUGGUCCAUCCCGGUGCUCCAAGUUUCAAGGUACCACAAGCCCCUUUCACCGCUAAGAAGUUCCAAAUAUCAGAGGUCUCUGACACUUCUGAAGAAAUCCAGGAACUCCGAGAUUCUUUUACUAUGGAACAACUUAGGACAUUUCAGCCCUAUCUCACCAAGUAUAGGACACCAGUAUCACAAACUCCUUACAUUGAUGAGGGGGACCUGCCCACUCUCAUGAAGCCUAUAACAUCACUGCCUCCUCUUACUACUCAACUACCCAAAAGAUCACAGAUUUCACCUUCCGAAUGGGACUGGAAAUCCCGAUUUCCCCCUAUAAGUAAGCCCUGCGUACUGACUUCAGUUUCAGGUACCAAGAAACUCAAGAUGAUGAUACCCCCUUCCUCUUUCCAAGAGCUCAAAGAGCAGAGGUAUUUUGUUGAUGUGAAGGCUCAAAGGAAGAACCUGAUACUCUUAAAUCAGACCACAGAAACUUCUGGACACCCUUCAGAGCUACAUACAACAGCUAGAAAUCUCAUAAUUGAGACACUUCAUACAGACACAGUUCGACUGGGAUACCUAUUCCGCAAGUACAUUGCCUAUAGGCUGAUCCAGCGUGCAAGAAACAACAUAAUCAAAAGAUUACUAGCCAUCCAAAACAGUGGGAAAGGUUAUGAGACCCAGAAUCUUUACAUAAUGCUGAACAGAAUUGAUGGCUACCAGAAAAAGAUGAUGGGGGUCUGGACCGAGAAGCAAAAGUCUCUAGAGCAGAGACGGAAUCAGUGCCUGAGGAAAAUGAUGUUCUUAUUUAGCCAGCUCCAAGAUAUGUAUCAAUUGAAUCUUAGUCAACCUGUACCUUUGCUCAUCGACAAAAAGCAGAAACCGGCUCCUACCAGAUUUAUUCAACAGCCAUUCCUAGAGCUACUAGUGAAAGAGGACAGAAAAUUUGACAUAUUCAAGAAAUUUAGGCAACAAGAAGGCCAGAUGGCAACCAUCUGGAAUGCUGAUCAGUCCGUUUCAAGCUACCCAAUAGCUGAGAAGACAUCACUACAUUCACUGUGGGCCCAGCUGGGUGGGUACCCACCUAUCCCCAUGCUGCUCCAGUUAGAUGUUCAGUCUUCCUUCAGAAAAUCUCUUGCAUCCAUUCAAUCACAGUAA